UGUGAGGUACACAAGCAGAGUGCGAAACUUCUUUACAGCACGUUUCGCUUUGCAAGAAGACGCGACUCCGCUGAGCGCUACAUACGUCGCAGUGAGUGAAAUCAAAACAGGGCUACCGGAGCUUUCGCUGGGACAGCUGGCAAGUUUGCUCUCUAGAAACUCGCCGAGCCAGCGCGGCUUUUUUCCGGUAGUGCGACCAAGCUGGAUUCUCGGAGCUCUUCACCAUGUCUGGCGGGUUUUAGAUACUCCAUGGAGCAACCAAACCUGUACGAGGUAGCCCCUCGGCCCCUGGUGAACAGCCUUGCGCAGAGCCAACAAAGUGCCUACUGCUAUAAAGACACCACAGCCGCUGGAGAUCUCAGCGAAAUUUGUGAGAACGAGAAUUCCAUCGACAUUAGUGCAUACAUUGACCCAGCCGCUUUUAACGACGAAUUCCUCGCUGAUUUAUUCCACAACAGCUCCAAACAAGAGAGGCUCAAACUGGCUAGCGGCGAAUACGAGUACCCCCAUGGUGCCAAUGGCGCACCGGGGGCACAGCAGAUGUACGGGUGCAUGACCACCUACAUGGACUCUUCGAAACUGGAACCGAUCUACGACAAUCCGUCAGCACGUAUGAGACCCGUGGCAAUUAAACAAGAACCGCGGGAGGAGGACGAGCUCGGUAACUCGCUGCCAUCGGCAUACCACCACUCUCAACAUCACCCGGCGCAUCUGUCGCACCUACAGUACCAGAUUGCGCAUUGUGCGCAAACCACCAUGCAUCUCCAGCCGGGGCAUCCGACACCUCCGCCGACUCCCGUCCCCAGCCCGCACCAUCAGCAGAACAGCCUUCCCGGCGGAUCCAUGAAAAUGAUGGGCGGCGGAGACCGAAGCAAAUCCAAGAAACACAUCGACAAGAACAGCCCCGAGUACCGCCUGAGGAGGGAGCGCAACAACGUAGCCGUGCGGAAGAGCAGGGACAAGGCAAAAAUGCGCAACGCGGAGACUCAGCAGAAGGUGAUAGAACUGUCGUCGGAUAACGAGAGACUGCGCAAGAGGGUCGAACAUCUCACCCGGGAACUGGAGACGUUACGGGGUAUCUUCAGGCAGCUUCCCGACGGCUCGUUUGUCAAAGCUAUGGGCAAUUGCGCCUAACGGACACAAACCGGAGCGUGAUAGAUUUUUCAAGUUGUGUUAUCGUGUCUGCUGGAUGUACUAGAUGUGACAGAUACUGAAACUGUUUCUACAGAAGCCAGGCAGCUGUGGUAUAUACAUGUGCCUUUUGUACAAAACGAUAAGCUCAUCUCUGCACACAUUUGAACUGUGGACUUUAUGGUUGUUUUCUAUGUCCUCCGUGUAAGAAUGUGUGUUAGCGCCGCGAAACAUAUCAGUGCAGCUAGUCUAGGGCAUGAUUUAACUUUAGCAGCUGUUCAUGUAAACGUACCAACUUUUAUACUCCCCUGUCAGAACCCUUAAUCUCAUGCGAUUUGCCUCUUGAACUACAUUAGAACUGCAAAGUGCACACAGCUUUUUAUUUCUGAUUUCUAAGUCAUAAAAAGUGCACUGAAAACUUUCCUGCAUUUCCGCUUCUGAAAUUCAACUACGUGUGUAUGUAGGUUACACAUCAUUCACGGUGUGGUAGUUUGUGAUGGAACUGUUUUAUAUGUAGGCGGUUAAAUGGACUGAAAAAAAAAAAACAUGCCAAAGCAAAGGAUGGGAAUACAAUCUCUUAAACUGUGGUAUCUGCCAUUUGGGAGACAGAUUAUAUGCACUAUACGACCUGAUGAAGCACAUUUUGUUCUGAAAAUUUGCCAUAGGCUAGGUUCGGGUACUGAUCAGUAAAACGCCUGUGAGUGUACGCUUUUUAGAGUCCGAGCUUUGUAUUUAUGCAGUACAGUUCAUAUCAAAUGUGAAAGGUUGGCCUUUCUAUGCAAGGUUUGUUGAGGUGUUCGGAAUGACUGCGAUCAUCCUGUGCUUUCUCUCCCGGUAUGCAGCGAAGUGCUGUUUAGCUCAUGUAAGAACCCUGUUUUUCUAUGAGAACUUUCUCUAAAUUUCAGUGCCUUUCUAAUCUUUCUCUCUUCAUCGUCAUCAUUGACAUUACCUUUUUUGGAUUAUUUCAAUAUUUUAAAUAUACAGCAAGGAAAAGGAAGCACUUUUACAACCGCCAUAUUGCAAAUGUUAUAUGAAUGUUAAAAUACUUGUCACUUGUAAAAUAAACAUUAUAUAUGCCCAAAAAUUUACGAAUUAUAAUAAAAGAACAUUGUGUUACUGCUGA